AUGGACAACCAGAAUCCAAUCAACAAAAGAUGUGUGGAUUUGUUGAGGUCUUUUGGCCUUGAGUUGCUUGUCAAGUCUCCAACGCGAGUAACGGCAACUACUCAAUCAGCUAUAGACAACAUCAUUUCCAACAUUCCAGGUGUCGCGGUGUCCGUGGUCAACACAGCAAUCUCGGAUCACUGUGGCCAAGAGGCUGUAAUCAGGGGAAAACACUUCGAAAGGGAGCUCAAAAUCACAAAACAAAAAGGAAAAUCAACUACCGACGCUGUGGCGAAUCUAGUUGAAAUGGUUGUUGAGGUGAACCCGAAUGAAGGUGAUGCCUACCCGUUGGGUGCUCUCCCUAUGGGAACCAAGAUCCACUGUGUGGAGAAAUUCACGGGAACAGGAGGAUAUUAUGUUCACGCAGCCGGCAGCAGUGCCACCAUCCUCCGCAAGAUGGGUGACAAAGUCGUGGUCCAGUUGCCAUCCAAGAUAGAAGUCGCCCUUCCUCCAGAGAACAUGUGUGUUGUGGGUCAGUUGUCUAAUAUACACAAUGACAAGAUGCACAUCGGUUCGCCCAACCGGUUGCGGGAACUAGGUUACCGUCCACGAUCCGGCUUGUUCCAGCUCAAGACUGGGCGCUUUGGUCGCAAGAUCUAUGCUCUGCCUCCGGUCAAGGAAAUAGUCCAGGAAAAGAAGGAGGAACCUGAGUAUCUUACGCUCACAUUAAGUGUCACGAAGAGGCCCAGUAAUAUAAUAUCAUAAUAUUGUAUUUAGCUAAUAUAAGUAUUUAAUGUUAAUAA